AUGAUCGGCGGCAGUUGGGAUUACACCUGUCGGUUGAGUCGUAUACACCGAUUGGCGUUCAACGGCACUCACGAGUCGCUUAAGAGACUUGAUAUAAGGACGCCAAUUGUGGACAACAGUCAUAAUAUUGAUGGAGAUUACGAUCUAUUCAAAGCUAUUCAUACAUUGGAAUCGUUGGAGACGCUAUAUAUUUCCGAUACCCUGCUAACUACUAUCCCUGACAGUGCUAUUCAGUCGCACACAAAGUUGGUUAACAUUAAUUUUGAAAGUAAUCCUAUCGUACGGAUCGGUAGCCAAGCGUUUAAACAUUUGCCGCAUUUGCGAAACCUGGAUAUUAGGAGAAAUAAAAUCCAUGAUAUCUCUGACAACGCCUUUCCCGUCAAUGAUGUCUAUUCUGAUGAGAAACUUGUAAUUGAUUUAACGGCAAAUCUGUUAUCGAACGGAACGGUAGGAAAGUAUGCUUUCGAUGCCAUCAAACGACCCGUGGAUUUGUAUUUAUAUAACGAAGAUCUG